CCAUUGUAUACGUACUGUUUGUUGUUGCGUCGCCGGCCUAUCCUACGUCCCUCAUUCCUCCUACUCAGAAGCACCCAAUGUUGAGAAAACGGCAAGGCAGUUAAGUUAAAGCCGGCCGGCCGGGGAGAUCCUUUCUCUUCCAACAACACAAACGCAAAUCUCUCCCCACUAUCGCAGAUGCAGUGCUAUACCGAUUUGGUGUCCCCUACUGGGAUCACUCACUCAUUGGCAAUACCCUUCCUGACCGAAAAAUGCAACAAUCUUAUUGUCGUGAAGACCUCUCUUCUCCAAAUUUUCUCAUUACAAAAACCUCUUGGCAUCCAAAGGGUGGAAGCGCAAUCCAGCGCACAAACUACGAAACUGGUUCUGGAGCGAGAGUACCCUUUGGCCGGCACAGUAACUAAUCUGUGUCGGGUCAAGAUUUUGAAAUCCAAAAGUGGGGGAGAUGCCAUUCUCAUCGCCUUCCGCAAUGCUAAACUCAGCCUGAUUGAAUGGGAUCCGGAGCGUCGUGGCAUUUCCACAAUCUCGAUUCAUUAUUAUGAGCGAGAUGAUCUGACCCGUAGUCCCUGGGUCCCUGAUUUGGACAGUUGUGGCAGCAUUCUCAGUGUGGACCCAAGCAGUAGGUGUGCGAUCUUCAAUUUUGGGAUUCGCAAUUUCGCGAUCAUCCCCUUUCAUCAGCCUGGGGAUGACUUAGUGAUGGAUGACUACGAUUCGGACUUAGAGGGCCGAAGUGCGGAGAUUCAAAGUCUUGGGGAGGUCGGCGAUCGCGAAAAGGUUAAGCAGGGCUUGAUUCAUCAAACCCCGUAUGCUCCAUCCUUCGUUUUACCACUGAGUGCAUUGGAUCCAUCAAUUCAGCAUCCCAUAAGUUUCGCAUUUCUAUACGAAUAUAGGGAACCGACGUUUGGAAUAUUGUAUUCACAGGUUGCGACAUCGAGUGCGCUUCUGCAGGAGAGAAAGGACAUUGUGUUCUAUUCCGUGUUCACUCUCGACCUGGAACAGCGAGCAUCCACCACAUUGCUUUCAGUAACCAGGCUACCAAGCGAUCUUUUUAGAGUGGUAGCACUCCCGCCUCCGGUUGGUGGUGCUUUGUUAAUUGGGUCUAAUGAGCUGGUGCAUGUUGACCAGGCUGGUAAGACCAACGCCGUUGGGGUCAAUGAGUUUUCCAGAUCUGUCUCGGCAUUUUCUAUGUCAGAUCAAUCCGAAUUGGCUCUGCGCCUGGAAAACUGCGUCGUUGAAACUCUGGGCGAUGGUAGUGGGGACCUGCUUCUAGUGCUAUCAACAGGAGCUUUCGUCGUCCUAAGAUUUAGGCUCGAUGGCAGGUCGGUCUCUGGAAUAUCCGUGCACCUCUUACCUGCUCAGGCCGGCUUUAUCUGUCUGAACUCUGCUGCUUCCUCAUCAGCACAUAUUGGUGAAGGUAGGCUAUUUGUAGGCAGCGAAGGCUCGGACUCCGUCCUCCUUAACUGCUCUCUGACAUCAUCAAGCUCUAAGAAAUCUAAGCCUCUGUCGAGACAAGCGGUGGGUGAGUCGGCAGGCAUCGAUGAUGACCAGAGCGAUAUUGAUGUUUACGAAGACGAUCUAUACUCUACAUCACCAGGAACAGCACCAAUUGGAAAUGCCUCAGUGGCUGAGCUGUCUUCUGGAGUACGUUACUUUCAUCUCAUCGACAAACUCAUCAAUAUCGCCCCUGUGAGAGACAUCGCUCUAGGCAGGCGCUCAGUGUUUGCAAGCGCAAAUGACGACCGCUCCGAAUAUGAUCCUGCUGGGUUGGAGCUGGUCGCAGCUCAAGGCUCUGAUAGUGGUGGGGGUUUGGUGGUGUUGAGACGCGAGCUCGAUCCUGAUGUGAUACACUCUGUUGGUAUUGAUUCUGCGGAAAGUCUCUGGACAGUCACCGUAGUUCAGGGAACAGAUGCGGUGACAAGUGCCCCAGAUGGCAAUCAACCACAAAUGCGCUGUUUUGUCAUUGCUUCCAGAAGUAAAGGCAACGAUAAGGAAGAGAAUCUUGUCUACUUGGAAGACGCCGGUGUUUUGACACCGUUCAAAGCUCCAGAGUUCAAUCCAAAUGAGGGUACGACCAUUGAUAUCAACACAUUGAUGAGCAACAAACGGAUAGUGCAAGUUCUAACAAAUGAGGUUCGAACCUAUGACAGCGACCUGGGUUUAACUCAAAUUUAUCCCAUUUGGGACGAUGACACCAUCGAUGAACGGAUGGCCGUCAGUGCCAGCUUUGCGGAUCCCUGCCUUGUAAUUCUCCGGGACGAUUCCACGUUAUUGUUUCUUCAAGUCGAUGAUAGCGGAGAUCUGGACGAGAUUACUCUACAUGAGCAACUCGCAGCAAAGACUUGGAUCUCCUGUAGUCUGUACAAUGACAAGACUGACACAUUUGCUUGCGUCAACCCAGUCUUCAAAGGACAGCUUGAUGGUAGCCUCUAUCUGUUCCUGCUAGACCAGGAUUACAGACUCCACGUUUACUACUUUCCUGAUCAAACCCUGGUAACUAUCAUUGAAGGAGUAGCUGGGCUGCCGCCAGUGUUAUCCUCCGAAGUUCCAAAAAGAACUGGAACACGGGAGCCGUUGACCGAGGCCCUUGUUGCCGAUCUUGGGGAUCGCGCCUGUGCUUUGCCAUACUUGAUUUUGCGGUCCCAAACUGACGAGAUCAACAUAUACAAACCAUUUGCCACAACUGGCGCAGUUGAUAGAAAGCUUACCCUGCGCUUCUCGAAGGAGGCUACUACAAUUCUUCCACGAGUACAACCUCAUUUAGGCUCAGAAUCGACUGACAAAGGAAGACGUAAAGCGCAACCCUUGCGGAUACUUCCCGAUGUCGCAGGGCUUCUUACCGUAUUCGUACCUGGGGCUUCAGCUGGCUUUAUCGUCCGGACUUCCACUAGCUUACCGCAUUUUGUACGCUUAAGAGGACAUCAUCCACGAGGCGUAAGCAUUCUUGGAUCUCUGGCACCAACGAGCAGAUUUGUCUUUCUUGACUCGAAUAACACCAUUCGUCUGUGCCAAAUGCCCUUCGGCAUGCUUUUUGACCAUAAAUGGCCUCUGCGGAAGGUACCACUGGGUGAACAAGUCGAUCACUUAACUUACUCUGCCUCGUCAGGAACGUAUGUGCUUGGUACUUGCGAGAGGACUCGAUUUCGACUGCCUGAAGAUGACGAAUUACAUCCUGAAUGGCGCAAUGAAGUUGUUUCAUUUCUGCCUCAAGUGCAUAGAAGCUCUCUUAAAAUCAUCAGCCCCAAGACAUGGUCAAUCAUAGAAAGUCAUUGUCUAGGUGCAGGCGAGUACGUCAUGGCUAUGAAGAAUAUCAGUCUCGAGGUAUCAGAAAACACCCAUGAACGUAGGGAGAUGAUAGUUGUCGGAACGGCGAUUGCGCGCGGUGAAGAUAUACCAUCGCGAGGUUGCAUAUAUGUUUUUGAGGUCGUCAAAGUGGUUCCGGACCCUGAGAACCCGGUAAUGGAUCGCAAAUUGAAACUUGUCGGCAAGGAACUGGUGAAGGGUGCUGUAACUGCACUAUCUGAAAUUGGUGGCCAGGGUUUCAUCAUUGUUUCCCAAGGGCAGAAAUGUAUGGUCAGAGGUCUCAAAGAGGACGGCAGCCUACUUCCAGUUGCCUUCAUGGAUUUGCAAUGCUAUGUUAGUGUUGUUAAGGAGCUGAAAGGCACUGGUAUGUGUAUCAUUGGAGACGCUACGAAAGGAUUGUGGUUUGCUGGCUAUUCGGAGGAACCAUAUAAAAUGAGUCUUUUCGCAAAAGACCUAGACUAUUUGGAGGUAGCAGCCGCAGACUUCCUUCCCGAUGGCAAAAGGUUAUUCAUUGUCGUGGCCGACAGUGACUGUAAUAUUCACAUAUUGCAAUAUGAUCCCGAAGACCCCAAAUCCUCAAAUGGCGACAGGCUACUCAGUCGCAGUAGCUUUCAUACCGGUAACUUUGUCUCUACCUUAACCCUGCUUCCACGUACGAUGGUCUCAUCCGAGCUGUUACAUUCUCAAUUGAAUGACAUGGAUCGGGAUCACCAAGCGCCGCUCUACCAGUCUCUCCUAACGUCGCAAAACGGGUCUUUUGGCUUGAUCACCUGCAUUUCGGAAGAGGCGUACCGCCGUCUGUCGGCUCUGCAGUCUCAAUUGACAAACACUCUUGAGCAUCCUUGCGGUCUGAAUCCUCGCGCGUUCCGCGCUGUCGAGAGUGAUGGUACUGCGGGAAGAGGGAUGCUGGACGGUAAUCUGUUGUUCCAGUGGCUCAGCCUGAGUUCACAGCGUAAGACCGAGAUAGCAAGUCGGGUGGGCGCAAAUGAAUGGGAGAUUAAUGCUCACUUGGAAAGCAUAGGGGGUGAUGGGCUUGGCUACCUCUGACAUGGGUUUAAACCUCAUCAUUCAUACAAACAGAUUGAUGUGAUGCGGACCUCUCAGCGCUACGCCGGCCUCUUUGCUGAACAAGCAGCAUCUUCCUGACUCGCAAUGGCGCGGGGUGUUUGCGACCUAUUCCUCCAUUCCGUGAAGCUGAAUGAGGCAUACGCAGUGCAUGUACUUAUUCGGUCUGUGGCAGAUUCAGGGCUAAGUGC